AGGUUUACGGAAAAGAGCUCCUAGGCCAGACGCGCGGUGGCCGGACGGCCGAGGAUUCCAUUCGCCUGACCCGGCCUGACUUGACCGUGCCCCGGGCGCGCCAUGUUCGCGCGUGGGUCCCGGAGGCGCCGCUCCGGGCGUGCGCAUCCAGAAACAGAGGACCCAGACCGGGGCCAGCCCUGCAACUCUUGCAGGGAGCAAUGCCCCGGCUUCCUGCUGCACGGCUGGAGAAAGAUCUGCCAGCACUGCAAAUGCCCGCGGGAGGAGCACGCAGUUCACGCGGUGCCUGUGGACCUGGAACGCAUCAUGUGUCGGCUAAUCUCAGACUUCCAGCGCCACUCCAUCUCCGACGACGACUCAGGCUGUGCAUCGGAGGAGUAUGCCUGGGUGCCCCCAGGCCUUAAGCCUGAGCAGGUAUACCAAUUUUUUAGCUGCCUCCCGGAGGACAAGGUCCCCUAUGUCAACAGUCCUGGGGAAAAAUACAGGAUUAAGCAACUACUGCACCAGCUACCCCCACACGACAGUGAGGCCCAGUACUGUACGGCGCUGGAAGAGGAGGAGAGGAAAGAGCUCCGAGCCUUCAGCCAGCAGCGGAAGCGGGAGAAUCUGGGGCGUGGCACUGUGCGCAUCUUCCCAGUGACUAUCACUGGGGCCAUCUGUGAGGAGUGUGGGAAGCAGAUCGGAGGUGGGGACAUCGCAGUGUUUGCCAGCCGUGCAGGCCUGGGCGCCUGCUGGCACCCACAGUGCUUCGUGUGCACCACAUGCCGGGAGCUGCUCGUUGACCUCAUCUACUUCUACCAUGCUGGCAAAGUCUACUGUGGGCGCCACCAUGCCGAACGCCUGCGCCCACGCUGCCAAGCCUGUGAUGAGAUCAUCUUCUCCCCUGAGUGCACGGAGGCUGAGGGCCAGCACUGGCAUAUGGGUCACUUCUGCUGCUUCGAGUGUGAAAUUUCCCUAGGAGGGCAGCGCUAUGUCAUGCAUCAGAGCCGUCCCCACUGCUGCACCUGCUACGAGGCCCGCCAUGCGGAAUACUGUGAUGGCUGUGGGGAGCACAUUGGCCUGGACCAGGGCCAGAUGACUUAUGAGGGCCAGCACUGGCAUGCCUCAGACCGCUGCUUCUGCUGUAGUCGCUGCGGCCGUGCCCUGCUGGGCCGCCCGUUCCUGCCACGCCGUGGCCUAAUCUUCUGCUCUCGAGCCUGCAGCCUUGGGUCAGAGCCCACCACUCCGGGGCCCGGCCGCCGUAGCUGGAGCGCAGGCACGGUCACCGCACCGCUCGCAGCCUCCACAGCCUCUUUCUCUGCUGCGGAGGGGAUGUCCAAGACAGUCACCAAAGACACCUGCGAGGAGUCACCGCCUGCUGCAGACCCUGAGGAGCCCUCCCGCUUUCUGAGAGGGGCCCCCCAUCGCCACUCCAUGCCAGAGCUGGGGCUCCGCAGCACCCCUGAGCCACCCUCGGAGUCCCCCAGCCAGCCGAAUCCGCGCCCGGACGAUAGUGCCUUCGGUCGUCAGAGCACCCCACGCGUCAGCUUCCGUGACCCUCUGGUGUCUGAGGGUGGUCCACGGCGGACCCUGAGUGCGCCCCCGGCCCAGCGCCGCAGGCCACGCAGUCCCCCACCCAGGCCCCCCAGCCGUCGCCGCCGCCGCCACCACCACCGCCACCCUGGCAGACGUCGCCACUAUCAUUGUGACUUGGGAUCAGGGUCAGAUUCAGGAUCUUGCUCCAGCUCGCCCUCCAGUUCCAGUUCUGAGUCCUCAGAGGAUGACGGCUUCUUCCUAGGAGAACGCAUCCCACUGCCCGCACACCUGUGCAGGCCCAUGCCCGCCCAGGAGACUGCAACUGAGACUCUCAACCCCCACUCCUCACUUCUCCCCAGGGACUCUCACCCGGGGAUGCCUCGACAGUCCCGAGACAAGAACUGCAUCGUGGCUUGAAGGCAGGCAGUCCUGGAGGGGCUUCAUUCUCCAGCCAGUGGAGAGGAUAACUCCCGCCCCCCCCCCACCCCCCCCCCCCCCCCGUCUAAGUCAUAAAUCCCCUUCCUUCCUC